AAGCCUUAGUAGAAUUGGUUUAUUUGUCGUGUAUCUUCGUCAUUGUCCAAAGUGGUUAAUCAACAAGCUGUUACCCAAACCACAUCCAGACUUUCUCCUUCUAUCUGUUUUGAGGUUCAAUUCGACUCCGGUGGAAGUGGUGCACCCUCAAGAAUUCAUCAAGAUGAAGCCUUUUCAGUUCUGAUUCAUCUGGGUCUCGCGAUUGCUAGGUUCUUAUUUAGUACUUUAGGGUUUCAAAAUUUGAAGUCCCGUAGAAGCUUUGUACUCUGUCUAGGUUAUCGUUUGCAAUGAAAUGCUUUUGGGUGGCUUUGUAAUUUCUUUCCCUUUUAUUAUUUCGUGUUUUUGUGGUCAAAGUUCAUGACUUUGAACAUUUCCCCCAAAUAGUGUACAAUCAACAAUUAUCACAGCGUUGCUAUAGUGUUUUUUCUUUUUCUUUUUUAAUUUUUUCCUCUUCUAGUUCUAUCAUCUUGUUUUAUUUGAUUUUGUUGGGAAAAAAAUUGAAAAAUAUCAUCAAUAUCUGAUAACUCACAGCUGCUCUCCCUAUCGUUGAAACAAAAAGAUAUUAUUAAAAGUAAAAAAAAAAGGGAAAAAAAAACUGUCCCUGUUUGUUCAUGGGGAUCCCUGGCUUGAGCGAUCAGAAUAAUGGGCAACAAAGAUUAGGCAUAACUGAGCCUAUUUCAUUGGCUGGACCAAGUGAGGAUGAUUUGAUCAAGACGCGUGAACUUGAGAAGUACUUGCAAGGUGUUGGAUUGUACGAGAGUCAGGAAGAGGCUGUGGGUAGGGAAGAAGUUCUUGGCAGGCUGGACCAGAUUGUGAAGAUUUGGGUCAAGAACAUCAGCCGAGGAAAGGGGUUUAAUGAACAACUGGUUCAAGAAGCAAAUGCCAAGAUUUUCACCUUCGGCUCUUAUCGGUUAGGGGUGCAUGGCCCUGGAGCUGACAUAGAUACUCUUUGUGUGGGACCUAGACAUGCAACCAGAGAUGAAGACUUCUUUGGUGAGCUGAGGAAAAUGCUAUCUGAGAUGCAAGAAGUAACAGAAUUGCACCCUGUGCCCGAUGCUCACGUCCCUGUGAUGAAAUUCAAGUUUAAUGGUGUUUCAGUUGAUCUCUUGUAUGCAAGAUUAGCUUUGUGGGUUAUUCCUGAAGACUUAGAUAUAUCACAGGAGUCAAUAUUACAAAAUGUUGAUGAACAAACUGUUCUUAGUCUUAAUGGUUGUAGAGUAACUGAUCAGGUCCUGCGAUUGGUUCCAAAUAUUCAGACCUUUCGCACAACAUUGAGAUGCAUGAGGUUUUGGGCAAAGCGUCGUGGUGUUUAUUCAAAUGUUGCUGGUUUUCUUGGUGGUAUAAAUCUGGCAUUGCUUGUUGCUCGAAUAUGCCAGUUGUAUCCUAAUGCACUACCUAAUAUGUUAGUGUCUCGGUUCUUUCGGGUGUAUACUCAAUGGCGAUGGCCAAAUCCAGUCAUGCUCUGUGCUAUUGAAGAAGGAUCUCUUGGACUACCUGUUUGGGAUCCUAGAAGAAAUCCCAAGGAUAGAUAUCAUUUAAUGCCUAUAAUUACUCCUGCUUAUCCUUGCAUGAAUUCUACUUACAAUGUGACAUCAAGUACAUUACGUGUUAUGUCAGAUGAGUUUCAGAGGGGGAGUGAAAUAUGUGAGGCUAUGGAGGCUAGCAAGGCUGAUUGGAAUGCUCUUUUUGAGCCUUAUCCCUUUUUUGAAUCUUACAAGAACUAUCUACAGAUAGACAUAACUGCAGAGAAUGCAGAUGACCUUAGACAAUGGAAAGGCUGGGUUGAGUCUCGUCUCCGCCAAUUAACAUUGAAGAUUGAAAGGCACACUUAUGGCAUGCUUCAAUGUCAUCCACAUCCUGGUGAAUUCUCUGACAAGUCUAGACCUUUUCAUCACUGUUACUUCAUGGGUCUGCAGCGUAAGCAAGGAGUUCCAGUGAAUGAAGGUGAACAGUUUGAUAUAAGGCUAACUGUUGAAGAAUUCAAGCAUUCUGUCAAUGCUUACACACUAUGGAAACCUGGAAUGGAUAUUCAUGUGUCCCAUGUGAAACGCCGGAACAUACCUGCCUACAUAUUCCCUGGUGGUGUCCGGCCUUCAGGCCCAUCAAAAGUAACUGCUGAAAAUAAACAAAGUUCUAAAUUAAGGGCUUCUGGUCACGGUCAAGCCGAAAAAUCUCAAGGAGGUAAAGGAGUUUCUGUUGGAGCGGAUGAUGUGAAAAAGAGAAGGAGAUCAGAGGACGACAUGGAUAAUAGUUCAAAGAAUUCCAAGUCCCCUGUAUCUUUACCUCCCCCUAGCAGGGAAGUUAAUGAAGAUAUGACUCCUAUUAAAUGGGAUGAAUCAGAAGUCAAUAGUAGUGACGGUCAAAAGAGCAAGAAACUUUGUCUGACAUCUCCAGGGGAGAUUCCUCCUGGGGAUAGUGGGACCAAUGGAUCUGUGGCAAGCAACCAACCAGUGAACCCUAUACUUGCUGCUACUGAUAUAUCCAGUUCUAAAGAAGAAGAAAAACUAGCCAUUGAAAAGAUUAUGUCAGGGCCAUAUGAUGCACAUCAAGCCUUUCCAGAAGAACCUGAAGAGCUUGAAGAUGACACUCAGUAUAGAACUCAAGUCAAAGAUACUGCUGGGAGCUUGGAAAACAUUACUGAAUCUUUAGCCUUAAAGCCUGCAGUGGCAGAAGAGCCAGUUGUUUAUAUGGAAACUACUUGCUCUAAUAGUUUAUGCUCCAAUGAGGGCUUGGAGGAGCUUGAGUCUGCUGAGCUAACAGCACCAUUGUUAACUGUGCCUCCUGCACCUGCACCGCUGAAGAAGCCUCUUAUCAGGUUGAACUUCACCUCCUUGGUAAAAGCUGCUGACAAGAGUUCUUAGACACCUCAAAACUUAAUCUGCAGCUAUCUGAUUUAUGUAAAAUUGACAUUUCUAGUUCCUCGUUUAUUUAUGUAAUAACUAUGAUGCAGUAAAUAAACCCGAGCUAGAAAACCAUCAAUUUUCAUUGAUAUGUACAUGAGAAUAUGUUGCACCGGAAAAAUAAAAAAGAUUUUGACCA